AUGUCAAAUUUUAAAGCAAAAGGUGCUGUUCGUACAAUAAAAAACUACACUACUGGAUUGAGACGAAGAUUGACAGUAAAUAAUGAUCAUUUGACAGAUAGUACACCUACAUAUGAACAUCCUAAACUCUGA